ACCACCUAUACAGACUGUCUCGAUCAACGAGGUUGCGAUCGAAUUCCGCACCCUGGCGAAAUUCGAGCUCUGCAUAUUCGAGCUGCUGCUCAUUUGUCGUGCGGAACCUACGUCUUACCAUAGAGAAUAUACCUGUGGAGCAGUUUGAGCAUCGGUGACCGAACCUCGGUGUCUCUUGCUUUCGACUGCGCUCUUGCAUUGGAGUAAACGGGCAUACCAUUCUCCACCUGGCCUUGGCAGCUCAAACAGCACAUCUUUCUCAUCAAGUGCACUGAAAGUGUGCCCCCACGCCGUGAUGAUAGAGGACAAGUAUAUCGGUCUGGCUCUCGCCGUCACUUCAACCGUAGCUAUUGGUACAAGCUUUGUGAUCACCAAGCGGGGUCUCAACGAAGCAAGUGAAAGGCAUGGAUUUGAGGGUGAAGGCUUCUCAUAUCUCAAGAGUCCAAUCUGGUGGGGAGGAAUAGUGACACUCGUCAUUGGAGAAAUCGCCAAUUUCGCCGCAUACGCCUUUGCGCCAGCAAUCUUGGUAACUCCAUUAGGCGCACUCAGUGUAUUAAUUGGCGCUGUUCUAGGGGCCUACUUUCUAAAGGAGGAACUUGGAACACUGGGCAAAUUGGGAUGCGCGACUUGUCUCAUCGGAUCGGUCAUCAUCGUGCUGCAUGCUCCUCCCGAUAAAGACAUUCAGACGGUUGACGAGAUCCUGCACUAUGCAAUCCAACCAGGCUUCCUACUAUAUUGCGCCGUUGUCAUUGUCUUUGCAACCAUCAUGAUCUAUAGAGUGGCUCCUCUUUACGGAAAGCAGAACCCUCUAAUAUAUAUUUCAAUAUGUUCCGCGGUGGGCUCGGUCUCAGUCAUGUCGGUCAAAGCAUUCGGCAUUGCGCUGAAGUUGACAUUGGCUGGCCAUAAUCAACUCACUCAUCCGUCAACUUAUGUCUUUGCCAUUGUCACCGGCGUCUGCAUCCUGACGCAGAUGAAUUAUUUCAACAAGGCACUCAGCCAGUUCCCAACGUCCAUCGUAAAUCCAUUGUACUACGUUACCUUCACUACCGCAACGCUCUGCGCAUCGUUUAUUCUGUUCAAAGGAUUCAAUACCACUGACGCCGUCAAUACCAUCUCGCUGCUUUGUGGAUUCCUCGUCAUCUUCACAGGUGUUUACCUGCUUAACCUUUCACGCGGUGACCCAGACGGCCACAAGCUCCUAAACGGUAAAAUUGAAGAUGGUGUACCCACGGAUGGCAUCGCUGGUCUCCAAACUCGCCGAAGCAUGCAGUCCCGACGCAGCCUCGAGCCUCAUCGCUUGAGCGCCGGAAGCUUCCGGUUCAAUUCAGGAGACCGCGAAGGCUUGAUCCACGCCUAUGACGUGGAACAUGGUGCGGUAGAUUUGGACGAUCUCGCCAGCGCCAGCAGCGACGAGGGCGCCAACGUUCGACGGAGCACUUCAGGGCUGAACGGUCAUGCUCGCGCUACGCAAUAACAAGGAUGAGCAUACUCCACGUUCCCAACAACAAUCAUGCAUGAGAGAGAUAUGCGCAUAUACGAAAAAGUCCUUUAUGUUUUUUUUUUCUUCUCUCUCACCCUUUUCCCUACUUUUCUUUUUAAUUUUUCAAGUUUUUACUUUAUUUCUUCGAUAUCCAGAUAUAACCGUUUAUUCUUU